GCAGCUCCAGACCUGUGCGCCCCGUGCGCUCCUCUUAUCAGGAGCGCGUGCCCACCGCGGACUCUUGCCCUCGCGCGCUGACAGGUGAAGAUAAGCGGCCAGCCGGUGUGAGAGCAGCUCGAGCAUGUUUUCUCCCAAGUCGCCCAAAAGUUUGUCCAGGUAUGUCUCCGGGUCGGGUCCAGCGGCCGGGGAGCACAUCUGUAUGGUCGAGUGUGUCUGCGAGCCGGACUGCACCUGCACCGUGCACAGCGCGAGACACUGCACAGCGCGAGACGUCAAGAAAAAUGGCCUUGACGCUGAGAAACACGGCCUUGACAACCUGGCCUACGAGUACGGGAGUCAGAGUGAACUCUACCCUCCAUUGAAAGCUUCCUCCAGAGCGACCUUUAAGCUCCUGGGACUCACCCCCGAGCACCAGGUCCACGCCAUCCAAAACAGAAUCUCUGGCCUCAGCGGAGUCCUCGCUGCCAGCGUGUCCUCAGCCAGCAGCCUGGCCAAAGUGGACUAUGAUACCUCGGUUAUCACAACCAAAGAAAUCGUCCUGGAGCUCCAGGCGAUGGGAUUCAGUGUGGAGUCAGCAGUGCGGAUCGGAGUGAAUGGUAUGCACUGCCAGUCCUGUGUGCAGUCCAUCGAGGGACACAUCGGUCCUCUACCUGGCGUUUCACAGAUUCAGGUGUCGCUUCAAGACGCUGCAGCGCUGGUUGUGUAUCAACCUCUUCUAGUUACGCAGGAAGAACUAAAAGACAAGAUCGAGGACAUGGGUUUUGAUGCCACUUUAUUAACCGCUGAUCAGGGGGAUGUAUUUAACGCGACACAGACAGUUACCAUUUGGAUCGUAGGGAUGACUUGCAAUUCCUGCGUUCAGUCCAUAGAAGGGAGGAUCUCUCAAGCGACAGGGGUGCGAUCCAUCACGGUGUCACUGAAGGAGGAAAAGGGAACUAUAACCUUCAACCCCAGUCUGACGCAGCCGGAGCAGCUCAGGGCGGCGAUCGAGGACAUGGGCUUUGAAGCAUCACUUGAAGAACCUCUGAGGAGCAUCCAGGCUCAAGAAAAGUCCAGGCCUGUCUUUUCCGGACUUUCUGACCUUCUUGACUUAAGAUCACAGAGUGAGGCAGGAGUCAGCAAUGGCACUCUAUCACACAAAACCAGCGGGAGCGAGGUUAAAGUGCAGAAAUGUUUCAUCUGCGUGACGGGGAUGACCUGUGCCUCCUGUGUGGCCAACAUCGAGAGGAACCUCCUCAAACACAAGGGAAUCAUCAUGGUGUUGGUGUCACUAAUGGCUGGAAAGGCGGAAGUGAAGUAUGACUCAGAAGUCCUGAACGCUGCUGCGGUUACUCAGCUCAUCGAAGACUUGGGUUUUGGUGCCAAACUGAUAGAGGACAACGCGGUGGCACACGGGAAACUGGACCUCGCUGUAACAGGCAUGACAUGUGCAUCCUGCGUCCACAACAUCGAGUCCAAGCUCAACACAACCAAAGGGAUCCUCGGGGCCUCGGUUGCCCUUGCAACUAAAAAAGCACAAGUCCAGUUUGAUCCAGACGUGCUCGGCGCGCGAGAUAUCAUCAAGAUCAUUCAGAGUCUUGGAUUCGAGGCAAGUCUGGUGAAGUCGGGCUACAAAAACAAUCUGGACCACACGGAAGAAAUACGACAGUGGAAGAACUCCUUCCUGCUCAGUCUCGUCUUCGGCCUGCCCGUCAUGGGCCUCAUGAUCUACAUGAUGGUGAUGGACAGUCAGCACCAGGAGCAUGGAGGCUCCAUGCCCGAGGAGCAGAACCUGCUGCCCGGCCUGUCCCUCCUCAACCUGGCCUUCUUCCUGCUCUGUACACCUGUGCAGAUCUUCGGAGGCCGAUACUUCUACGUCCAGGCGUAUCGCUCGUUAAAGCACCGCACAGCCAACAUGGAUGUGUUGAUAGUGUUAGCCACCUCGAUCGCCUACAUCUACUCCUGCGUGGUCCUCAUCGUGGCCAUGGCCGAGAGAGCCAGCCAGAGCCCCGUCACCUUCUUCGACACUCCACCUAUGCUCUUUGUGUUCAUCGCACUGGGUCGAUGGCUGGAGCACGUUGCAAAGAGUAAAACGUCAGAGGCUUUGGCCAAAUUAAUGUCACUUCAAGCCACUGAUGCCACCGUGGUCACCCUGGGACCUGACCACUCCAUCAUCAGCGAGGAGCAGGUGGUGGUGGAGCUGGUCCAGCGGGGCGACAUCGUCAAAGUCGUCCCAGGAGGAAAGUUCCCUGUGGACGGGAAAGUGAUCGAGGGAAGCUCCAUGGCAGAUGAGUCCUUGAUCACAGGUGAGCCGAUGCCUGUCAGUAAGAAGGUGGGCAGCUCGGUGAUCGCCGGCUCCAUCAACGCUCACGGCGCUCUGCUGGUGGAGGCGACUCACGUCGGUGCCGACACGACUCUGUCUCAGAUAGUUAAACUGGUGGAAGAGGCCCAAACGUCCAAGGCUCCGAUCCAGCAGUUUGCUGACCGGCUCAGUGGAUACUUUGUGCCCUUCAUCGUCAUCGUCUCUGUGCUCACUCUGGUGGCCUGGCUCGCCAUCGGCUUCGUCGACUUUGACAUAGUGAGGGAGAACUUCCCGGCCUACAACCCGAACAUCUCCAACGCGGAGGUCAUCGUCCGCUUUGCCUUCCAGGCAUCCAUCACAGUCCUGUCCAUCGCCUGCCCCUGCUCUCUGGGGUUGGCGACCCCGACAGCCGUGAUGGUGGGCACCGGGGUCGGUGCUCAGAACGGGAUCCUCAUCAAGGGAGGCGAGCCGCUGGAGAUGGCCCACAAGAUCCGUGUGGUGAUGUUCGAUAAGACCGGCACCAUCACAAACGGCGUGCCGCGGGUGACUCGUGUGUUGGUGCUGUGGGAAGUGGCCCGCAUGCCCCUGAGGAAGAUCCUGGCGCUGGUCGGCACGGCGGAGGCCAGCAGCGAGCACCCGCUGGGGAUCGCCGUCGCCAAACACUGCAAAGAGGAGCUGGGCUCCAACAUGCUCGGGUACUGCCAGGACUUCCAGGCGGUGCCUGGUUGUGGGAUCAGCUGUCGGGUUUCCAACGUGGAACAUUUGCUGCAGUCACAGAGCGACGAGCGCUUCCUGCUGCCGGGAGUCACCACCGACGAGAGCAGCCUCCUCUCUGCUGCCGAGCCCUCGUCUGCAGCUGAGUCUUCGUCUUACUCCGUCCUGAUCGGGAACAGAGAGUGGAUGAGGAGGAACGGCCACCACAUCCAGGCCGACGUCGACGCCGCCAUGUCCAGCCACGAGACGAAAGGACAGACGGCGAUCCUGGUGGCUAUAGAUGGUGUGCUGUGUGCCAUGUUAGCCAUCGCUGACACAGUUAAAACGGAGUCGGCGUUAGCAGUGCAGACGCUCAGCAGUAUGGGCAUCGAGGUGGUCAUGAUCACAGGGGACAACAGGCGCACGGCUAAAGCCAUUGCUUCUCAGGUGGGGAUCAGGAAGGUGCUGGCCGAGGUUCUGCCUUCACAUAAAGUGGCCAAAGUGCAGGAGCUGCAGGAGAAGGGCCUGCGGGUGGCCAUGGUGGGGGACGGCGUCAACGACUCGCCGGCCCUCGCUCGCGCUGACGUCGGCAUCGCCAUCGGCACGGGCACAGACGUGGCCAUCGAGGCGGCUGACAUCGUCCUGAUCCGGAACGACCUGCUGGACGUGGUGGCGAGUAUCGAGCUGUCGCAGAAGACGGUGCGGAGGAUCAGGAUCAACUUCGUCUUUGCUCUCAUCUACAACCUCGUGGGAAUACCCAUCGCUGCAGGUGUGUUCAUGCCCGCUGGCCUCGUGCUUCAACCCUGGAUGGGCUCUGCUGCGAUGGCCGCCUCGUCUGUUUCGGUGGUUUUAUCUUCUUUACUGCUGAGAAUGUACAAGAAGACCUCGGUGGAGCUGUACGAGGUGCGAGCACGGGGCCAAAUGAGAAGCCUGCGGUCGUCGCAGAUCAGCACACAUCUGGGCGUGAACGUACAGUGGCGGAGCCCGGUUCUCCCUCGAGAACAGCCGGGCCAAAGCGCCGCCAUCACACCGGCACUCCCCGGCCAGGGACCGUCCAUCAACUCUGUCCAGGAGCAGCAGGACCGCUGCUCCCUCCUGGACCACCAGACUGCAGAGGACUCUAAUGUGUAGUAACGGGGAGGGGAAGAGAAGAAAGACUCUCUUUGUGUAAUAUUUCUGUGCUUACUGGAUGUAUAUAGUUGAAAAGUGCUCUUAUUUUGGCGGUGAAGUCAAGACAAUCUUUAGGAAAAGCUGCUAACAACCCAAAGUGAAGCUAUUAAUGAAGAAUUGUGUCAUUUUGUUGUAAUUCUCAUUAAGUCACUGCUGUACAAAAUGCACUUUUACAAUAUAAACACAACUCAAAGUGAAGCCACACGUCGUCUGAGACUCUCCGGUUAUGAAUAAUGCAUCAGCUGAUAGAGGAAAAUCAGCAUUUUCUCCGAGGUGCGUUUGUGUCUCCUUCAUCUGGUUUUGCACAUCCCGGCUGCAGGAGGGAAAAUGUUGUUGUUUUUUAUUUCCAUGUCGCUGUGGUUAAGAUUCGUAUCUUUAAACAAAGCCGCACCGCUGUGAAGUGCUCGUCAUGUUAUUUAUAGAGGAGAAGAAGAAGGAGGAGUCAGACUGUCUGUACUCUCGCAUGUAUUUUGAGCCGUGCCGAGGAUAAUUAAUGGAGAAUAUUAAUCAAAUGAUUAAUACGUGGACUCUAAAGUUAACCAGGAAGAAUGUGUCUCACAUGGCGUUGAGGUGAACAGAUGUAAGGCGUCAUGGAUAUAAAUAUGGCUGACCUUUUUCACUGCAGACACUUGUGAAAGCAGGAAAUGACACUGAUGUCGUUAACUCCACCUGUGUGAGUUUAAAAGUCAUUAUUUCUCUGUGAAACUGACUUCAGAUCAGGAACAUGGCAGCUCACAUGCACUUCAUACUCAGGUACGUGUUAAAGGAUCAUUGCACUCAAAUUUGUUUGCGUGACAAUUUGCGUCGCUGUUCUUUAAAUUCGAACUGCUACAUGACACAUAAACUAAGGACCAAUAAGUAAGAACUGACCACCUGUUCUCUAGAUAUCACAAGAGUAAGCCUAACUGCUAACUGUAGCUGGUUAGUACAGCCAAAGAAGAUUAAUUACCUGGUUAAUUGACGUAAUUAAUUGGCAGUUAUUUUGAUAAUAAAAAACAUUCUUCCAGAUCCGGAUUAGCUUUUGUUGGAGUGGACACAUAUUCUGCUCAUUUUCAUGUUCAUCAUUAUAUUCUGGGUCACUACUACUACAGGUUUACGUAGUGUGAUGUCACAGAGUCACAGAAUUUGAGGCGGGACUGCUGAUGAGGCGUUUAAGGAGCAGUGUUUUCUGUGGGAGGGAGGGGCUUCAAAAUGUUUUAUAUGCACAGGAGCCUAAAUGAUGCAGGAAAAAAAAAUGAAAUAGGCAUAACAGGUCUUUAAAUUAUUCUCACUCAUUCAUACUUUAUUCAUAGAAGUGGAUUAGCCUCAUAAAUCUUUGCGCUUUUUCUUGGACGUGUUCUGAAGAGACAGAUUUAGCUAAUGUUUUAAAUUUUUCUCACACGUUGUUGAUUGCAUCUCCUCUUUUGGUGUUGAAACUGUAUUCCAAUGUGUUUAAUCACUGUGCAAACACAUUUAAACUUAAGCUUAAUAGGGUGUCAAAAUGUGUUUUACAGCGCUGUUGUACAGGCACACGGCACCCCGGGGAGUCCUUUGCUUGCUCAGCUGUGCAUCUUUAAUCGUGCCGAGUUGAUGCAUUCAAGCCUCGUCCUCGGCCUGCAGCUGAGCGUGACUCGAGGCCGGCGGAAACACUCGCAGACACAGUCCAAUGGGCUCAGAGCGAUGCAGAGACGUUCGAAAAACACCCUCUGACAGACGAUGAGAAGGUGUUAGCUUCACUUACUUUGUUUUUUAUUUUUUUAUUUUCAGUUUUUAGCAUAUUCUCGAGAUGGAAAACACAUUUGUCAGAGAUCUGUGGUCCGUGCGCUUGACUUUGAAAAGCCUGAAAAGGUUUCAUCAGCGUGAGCAUGCAAAUCCUGGGACAAGUUGACAAGUCAAAGAGGAUCAUGUCAAGUUCCCAUCCAAGCUGUAAGGACGUCCAGUUACAGCGCUGUAGGUGAGGGGACAUUUACUGAGGACACAUAACCAGACCCAUCUUUAAGGCUCUUUUUCAUGAAGUCGUUUCAAAGGCGUCCCGUUCUGAACAGUUCAUUGUACAUGUGCUUUCUUUUGUCAUAAUGCUGCUACCCAGAGGAUGGACGUGUAUUUUCCUGACUUUGUGAGUUCAGAAAGAGACACGUUGUUGCUCCCUUUUCAACAUUUGCACACAUGACACAGUGCCGGGGAGUUUGGAAACAUCCGGGUGUGGGGAAGAUUUUUUUCAGCAACGCAGCAAAGACAAUCCUCUGAUCCAAGAGCAGCGGAGGAGGAAAAGAUUAAGUGUACUUACAGCGGCAUCGAGGGAUUAAACUUUCCACUGUGUGAAGGCACACUCAGCUGUGAUAUAGUUGUUUUUAACUUUUCUUUCACAGAUAUAAAUGAGCUCUUUGUUGUGCAGCUGCUGAUAAAUGACCUCCCCGACUGCUGGUCGGGGUAGCCGAGGGUGCUAACUGGUUCUGGACCGUCCGUGUGCUGCAUCUUAUUGGAACGAUGCUUCAAGACAUUAAACAUAAAACUUUACCAAAAUAAAAAAAAA